AUCCAUUGAAAACAAACUCCUCAAGAAACGUCCUCGAACCGAUCCGGUUUCACUCGUACCCAACCACCUCUCUCUCUCUCUCUCUCUCCAUUAAUACGAGUAUUUCAUUUCCAAAGCCUUCAGUACUGUUAGCCGGUUUCCCCCAACCACUCGCACCUACGCAUCCUCAAACUAAUCCCAUUAUUCUCUCGCCUCUCUCAACCAAAUCACUCUCUCUCUCUCUCUCUCUCUAGAGUAUCUCGGUAUUCACUACCCUGCUUCCUAUACAUACUGGCCACAACAGAGGCAAAUACUAUUUUUUUUCAGAUGCAGUCGUCGAGUCCAGUUGUCUUACUCUCUCCCAGCUUCACUACCUACUCCUCCGGCACCCUCGCAGACAUCGCCGCCAGAGUCGUCGAGGAAUUCCGACUCGAAUCGGGAUCCGAAUUCGAUGACUUGUACGGCGCCCUCGAAGAAAAUCAAGGUAAAUCAAACGACGUCGCUCGGAAGCACCCCACGAUUUUAGAAGAAGAGGAGGAGGAAGAUGAAGAAGUGAACAAAAACGACGAUAACGACGACGAUUUCGAGUUCCCUUCCGUGUGCGUACAGUCGAUUUCCGCCGACGAGAUCUUCUGCAACGGCCAGAUCAGGCCCGUUUUCCCCGUCUUCGGGAAAAAAGAUGUGUUCUUUGCUGGCGGUGUGGGGAGCUGCGGCGAUGGUAAAGCGAAUUGCCCUUCUUCCAAGGCUAGUAAUCCUUCGUCGCCGAUUAGGGUUUCUCUGAGGAGUCUGAUGAGGGAGGAGCGGGACUCGGUGGCGUCGUGCUCGUCGUCGGAGUCCUCCGACGAGCUCGACGGGGUCCCGGCGGAGACCUACUGCACCUGGACGCCGAGAUCGGCGGCGGAGGCGCCGGAGAGGUGGAGGAAGAGCGGGUCGACGGGGUCGUCCAAGCGGUGGAGGAUCCGGGACCUCCUUCUGCGGCGGAGCAACAGCGACGGGAGGCUGCCUUCCGUAUUCCUCGGUAAUUCGAGUGCGAGGAAGCUCAAGGACGAGAGGGUUUCUGCCAAGGCAACGACGACGGAGAAGACUUCGUUCGGAGGUGGCGAGGUUGUGCCGGUGACGGCGGCGCAGGAGGAGGAUUACGGGGUGGCCGCGGCGGCGUCGGCGGGGAAGGAGGGAGAGUGUCGGCGGUCGUCCGGGAGACAGGAUUGGGUCGGGUUCUUUACGAAUGUGAACGGGCUGAGCAGUAAUCUUCACCCGUUUUGAAAGGUCAAUUGAGUUUUUGAGUUGAUUUUGGGUUUGUGAUUAAGCUCUUGAUUACUACUAUUAUUAUUACUCCAUUAUCCUUUCGGAUUGUGAGGGAGAAAACAUAAUUACGGUUAUUAGUGGGUGCUAAUUAGGUACAGGGGUGAUUAUUUGUGUAAAUAAGUGGGUAAAUUUUGCUUUUGCGAUUUGGGUUUUCGCAAAACAAUUUUUUGGUUUUUGUGUUCUGGUGUGUGAACAGAGUAAAUUACGUGGAAAAUGGGAAAUGAACUUUCUAUAGAAAA